GUCUCCUUCCCAUGGAAGAGGGUUUAGGGUUCUAUCUAAUUAUUACAGGGUUUUAACAAUUUGCAGACACGCACACAUAAGUGAUUAUGACCUGUCGGAAAAUCAUAUGAAGAGAUCGAUUUCGAUUUCAAUUGCGUCGAAAGCGAAGGACUUCCUCAAUCAGCGUCUUCUCAGCAGCAGAGGUAAUCCUCUAACUGCUCCUUUCUUCAACCGUUGUUCUUACACGAUACGAACAAACAAAACUGAUCUAAGAGACCCAAUCAAACUCUUCUGCCACAUGAUCCAGUCUCGUCCCCUUCCUUCAAUCGUCGAAUUCAGCAAACUACUGAGCAAACUCGCCAGAGCGAAAGAGUUCGAUCUCGUGAUCUCUCUCUUCGACCAGAUGGAGACUCUCGGUGGAAUCACGCACGAUCUCUACACGUACAACAUCGUGAUCAACUGUUUAUGUCGUUCCUCUCGGUUCUCCGUCGCUCUAUCAGUUAUCGGGAAGAUGGUGAAGCUCGGUCACGAGCCUGACGUCGUCACGCUGAGCUCUCUGAUCAAUGGGCUCUGCCGAAGGAACAGAGUUUUCGACGCGAUAGAGCUGGUUGCUAAAAUGGAGACGAUGGGGUGUUGUAAACCAGACGUCGUCAUCUACAACACGAUCAUCGACGGGUUCUGUAAGAACAGAUGGGUGGAUAAGGCUUUGGAGCUGUUUGAGCAGAUGGGUAAGAAUGGAGUUAGAGCGGAUGUUGUUACUUACAACUCUCUUAUAACCGGUCUUUGCGGAUCCGGUAGAUGCAAGGAUGCUGAUCUUCUCCUGAGAGAUAUGGUGAUGAGGAACGUCGUCCCUAACGUAGUUACUUUCACCGCGUUGAUCGAUGCGUCUGUGAAAGAAGGGAACCUUCCGGAGGCCGAAAGGAUCUACGAGGAGAUGGUUAGCAGGUCUGUGGAACCUGAUGUUUUCACUUACAAUUCGAUGAUCAACGGGCUUUGUAAGCACGGCCGAGUAGACGAGGCCAGGCGAAUGCUUGAGUUGAUGGUGACAGAGGAGUGCUCGCCUGAUAUAGUGACUUAUAACACUCUCGUAAACGGGUUUUGCAAGUCUAACAGAGUAGAUGUCGUGAUGAGACUAUUUAGCGAGAUGUCGGAGAGAGGAUUGGUGAGAGAUACGGUCACUUACAACACUGUUAUCCAGGGCUAUUUUCAAGUGGGGAAACCAGAUGCUGCACAAGGGGUUUUCAGACGGAUGGAUUCUCCUCCCAAUUUAAGGACCUACAGCGUUUUGUUAUACGGUCUUUUUAGUAACGGGAAGAGCGAGAAAGCACUGGUUGUGUUCCAGGAUAUGCAGAAGAGUGGAAUGAAUCUUGAUGUUACUAUAUAUAAUAUCAUGAUUCACAUAAUGUGCAAGGCUGGUAAUGUGGAAGAUGCUUGGGACUUGUUUGUUAGCCUCACGGAAAAUAAUGGAGUUGAGCCUGAUGUUGUAUCAUACACGACGAUGAUCUCAGGGUUUUGUAGGAAACGCCUAUGGCAUGAAGCAGAUGAGUUGUAUAGAAAAAUGCAUGAAGAUGGGCUUCUUCCACAAUAGUAGAUUGUACAUUCUGUUAAAUUGCAUCUAUUACUGAUUGUAAUUCUUUUAUUUAUAACAAUGGGAAAAAAUGCAAACAGGAACAGUUAUGUAAUAUUGUCUUAUGAACCCAGAAAAAAAAAGAUGUCCAUGAAUACCACUUGAGUU